AUGAAGCAUCCCGACGACUCUGGCCCAACUGCAACUGGACCACAAUCGGCUCGACCUCGGGCUUCCCUCUCUGUUUCUGCCUCUGCCUCCCAUAAUCCACGACGGCUUCCUGUCAAUCCCCGCCGGCACAAGGUUGCUCCCGAGCAUCGCAAGCGUGUCGCUACAGCGUGCUCUGGUGAGCACCCGUGUCGCCAAUGCCAAUCCUCUUCGCGCGACUGCAUAUACCCUCUGCCUGUUGAGAAGGUGAGCAUCACGCGCUCAGAGCUCGAGGAUUUGAAACACAAGGUCGAGCUCUAUGAACGUGUUCUUCGAGACACUGUCCCAGCAGCUGUAUCAAACGCCGUCCCGGAUUCUGCAAGCCGCCAAGAACUUUCAGAUUUGCUUGGUUGGACCGCCUCUAACCAUGAAAUUGGAUCAUCGGCUGUUAGUCUAGCGGCACAGACAACGCCAACGAUAGAUGCAACAACGCAUAUCGGGCGAGUGCCUCCUGAGCUUCCUCAGCUUCAGUAUCCCAGUAUACAUCGACAAUUCCAGCAACAGCCGCCUCAUCUUCAUCUUCAACCUCAGCUAUCAGAUACUCGAAUACAGGAACCCAGCUAUGGAUUAUCUCGAACACAUUCUAUCCAGCUUUCACAUCCCGGGGCGACGCCUCAAAAUCGGCAGGAUGACGAGGAGAACUUGGUAUCAACCGAGGGUCGCCUUUUGCAUGACCCUGACGGCUAUGCUCGUUUCCUAGGUGAGACCAGCGGCGCAACUUUCCUCGACUACUUGAAGGAAUUCAUGACUACAGUUCUGCCUCUCGCGUAUCAAAAUCUGCGUCCAGGUUCUGAUGGAAGUGCGUUUUUAUCAAGUCUCGGUCGUUACCAGACCUACGACUCGCGACCUUUGCAUGAUCGAGACGUUGACCCGACAUGGUUUCCUACACCCUCAGAGAUGGACUCAAUGUUAUCCGAGCUUCGUUACUUCAUCCAAGACGGUAACUGCCAAUGGCCAAGCGGAGGAAUCUACUGGUGGGGGGAUCUCUCUUCGACACCGACAAUACCAUCCAUGGAACGAGACUCGGUAAACUUACGUCUCGCUAAGUGCCGUCAUUUGGCUUUCUAUCAGACUGCAUUUGCUGUGGUAUCUCAAGCCAUGAUCAUGCCGCCUCAGGAUAUCUCUAUAGACCCUCAUCUCAGUGAGAACUACUUCAGUCGGGCCCGUAUGCUCCUCGGGAACCCGCUUGACAUUACACGCUUUACGCCCAACGAAGUAUCGGUGUUGACAUUAAUGGGGUUCUACCUGAUAGAGAUGAACCGCCGUGAUGCCGCAUAUAUUUGCGUGAGUAACGCUAUGCACAUCAGCAUCAUGCACGGCGCACAUAGGGGCUGGCUUGACGAGAGUGGCAAACGCGUAUUCUGGACGCUGUAUGUACUGGAUCGCUAUUUAAGCUGCCUCAUGGGGAGACCCCCGACCAUCAUGGACGACGCAAUCCGGUUGCCCCUUCCUUGCGAUGCUCCGUAG